ACUGGGGACACCACUGAGAGACUCCUUCAUCAACACUGUUAUCAAGAUGGUUAAACUAACAGAAGAUAUGGUGGUGGCCAGGUCAAAAGGAUCGGAUCUAUAUAAUGUCAGAAAACUAAAUUGCUGGGGCAGCGAACUGUCGGACGUUUCUGUUGUCAGGAAGUUACAGAAUGUUGAGGUUUUGUCUCUGAGCGUGAACCGCAUCUGCACAUUAGCCGACUUUCAGUACUGCCCCAACCUCCAAGAGUUGUACAUCCGUAAAAAUAUUAUCUCGGACAUCAACGAGAUUUUGUAUCUGCGUCAGCUUCCCAAAUUGAAGAGUCUGUGGUUGGCCGAUAAUCCAUGUGCUGAUUUUGAACAGUAUCGUCUGACGGUGUUACGGGCCCUGCCUCACCUGCAGAAGUUGGACAAUGUUGCCGUGGACUCGGAGGAGGUGCAGAAAGCUAUGGUGUGUGGUGUCCCUCUUCCUUCCACGGAAGGAUCACGCGGCGACGAGCGAGAACUGCCACGAUCCAGCAGCAUGGGAGAGUCCGUACGUAGCGAGUCCGGGGGCGGCAGCAGCUUGUCCGACUGUUCUCCUCCGUCCUCUGAGAGACGCUUUUCACAGACCACAACACCAACACGAUCCAACCAUCAGGAUGUCUAUGGGCAGUCCUUGGAUGAUGACUAUGAAUACUCUCAGGCUGUCUACGAAGACGACGAGCAGCCGGUCAUCACCCGACGCUCGGGCUACAACAACCAUUACGUGGCCACCGACCCCGAGCGCAGAAUUUCACAAAUGUCCCAACAUUCCAACCAAGGAUCAUCACCGCAGCAACACCAUUAUGGAGGAGGCAGAAGAACAGCAACAAGUCAACUGAGACACCAUCAGGAGUGUAACAGCUCUUCUUCUGCUGUAGACAACAGCCAGUAUACUAGAAGGUUCCUCCCCACCAACUCGCAGGCUUCAAGUGGAUAUCACAGUGGCAGCAGCAACAACAGUAACACCACCAAUGGUCUUUACUACCGAGCAGAUCCAUCAUCAGCGGCAGACUCCCACCACGCAGCAGAGAGACUGCGUCGGGAUUCCUACGCCUCCUCCACCACACAGAGCCCCUCUCGUCGGAGCAGUCAAGUGGUCACCGAGGCGGACCCUUCGGCAGACACCCGCGGGUAUAUACGCUCUCCCGAAUCAUCAUCAUGCACUCACAAUGUCGAUUACGAGUACGACUCACGCAAUGCUAACUACCUGAGCCGGGAUGACACGGCGCCCAGGUAUACCAACGGCACUAACAGCUCCUCCCCCCUCACCCCACCAGAUAACAAUGACAGCAAUGCCACUAACAACAACCCACUCUGUCCCCUUCACCGUCGAGCAGCUCAGGAACGCGACCAAAGAUGGGUACAAGGUGAGCCUGAGGAGAGAGAACGUGCUUACAGCCGCGGGGAUGGCUACGGGUACGCCUCGUCGCCGUACGAAGUCCAGCAGAGUCCGGGAAGCAAUGAACAUCGCACACCCUCCCAGGAUCCUCGAUACGCUCAACAAUUUAACAGUAGCAGAAGUGAUAGCACCAGGGUCGUACAACAGCUGCAGCAACACUAUGAUAAUGCCUACCGUCGAGCAGAGCAGCAGAUAGACACCGCAUCCCGAGCCGUGGCCUCCGAACGCUCCUCUCCUACCAAGCCUUACCCUGCCAGGCCCAAGACACGAAAUGCAAAUUUGUUGUCUGCUGUGCUGUGUCUGAUCAAGGAACUGGAUUACACGAGCCUCGAGGUUGUGGAGAUGGCCGCCAGGUGUCGUAUGGAGGAGUUGGACGAUUAGAUAAAACAAAACCAGUGAGUGCCAAGAUUAUUAUUAUCGUUGUCAUUGCUUCAUAUUGACCAACAACGAGGGUUAAUAUUUUAUACUGGGCAGCUAGUGGCAUGGCAAUGAAAGAUUUAUCCUACAUGAUUGAGUUGAGUUAUUUGAUAUAUCUUCACUAUUAAGCUAAAUCAGUGAUGAAAGGAAAUGUAUUGAUGUCAUUUUACAAAACAUGAUACUAAUUAUUAGGGCAAAGCUAGCCAUUUCUCUGUUAAAUAUUCAGCCAUGCUUGAUUAGGUAUUUUUUCUCCCCAAGUUUGGGAUAUUUUAUCUUUUAUGGAAUCAUCUUUGUUUUAAAAGAAUUUGUUUAUGGACAUCUCUUGUAUUACAGUACUUAGGAUUUAGUGAUAAUUUAAUAUAUAUUCUUGAUACAGUGUUGGUGAGAAUACUGUAUAGUAUAUAUAUUCACAGAUGCAGUGUCGACGAGAAUGACUCUUUCAUCAUUUGUCCAAAGUUUAUUAAUUUUGAACAUGGCAUUGUAACAUUGGUGGAGUUGAAACAUUUCCAAAGUGUGAGAUUCUCAGUGAACUGGAAGAAUAUGAUGAUGAUGGUGAUCAACAUCCUCACCACCACCAUCAUCAUCACUCCAGCGCUGUAAAACACACACAUGAGAGAUUAAUAAUUAUGCUUUAACGAUUCUCCUGAAGCUUUAAUUUACAACGUUGCUUGAUAUCUCAAUAGCUAACGUCUUUUAAGUAAGAUUUUUUUUUUUUAGGUUUUUAAGUUUUAAGUCGUCUCAAAAUGUUAUUAAUGAGAAAUAUCCAUCCAGUACAACUAUCAUUUAUAUACUUAAAUGGUUCUGUUUUUAGUGUUUUCCAGCGGUUGUUAAAGUUUGUAUACACACGUCCUUACAAACAAUACUGCGAAUAAGGUCUAUACAAUUUUUUUAGUGUGCCAAAAUUUACUUACAGAAUCUCAAAAAAAUAAAGAAAGACUAUAUGAAAAAUAAAUUACAUGGAAUGGCAUGUACUGUUUCCUGUAUAUUGGUGAUGCAGUACAGUGAACCUCUAUAUAACGGACUUGUCUCUCCAUAUAAUCUGUUAGAUGGGGUUCCAAAAUCUAAUGAACCCUUGAUAUAACGGACUUUCCUCUCCAUAUAGUCCGUUAAAUAUAGGUUUCACUGUGCUGUUUUUGUUAGUUAGUGAACCUGAGAGCAUAAUGGCAGGAGUGGUUGUUUUGGGGUCAAGUUUCUGUACGUGUAGCUUAACUUUCUUUUAAUAAGGAUAAGGAAAUCUUGUUUUUCAAUCGUGGUCACAAAUCCAUCUUAUUCAAGGUUUGAGACUUAUAUAUAGUUACUCUUUUGUGUUGACGUAACAUAAUGAAGAAAAGGUUUUGUUUUUAUAUAGAUGUAAUGAAAAUAGUCGCUCGGCAGGUUUCGAGAGUAUAGUACAGUACUGUGUAUCUUUUGUUUUUUAUAUGGAUGCAGAUUUUUUUCUCUGUUUUUUUAAAUUUAUAAAGUUGUCUACAUAUGUUUUAAAAAGGAUUUGGGUCA